AUGAUUUCGAACAACUAUUUGUUCGAAACCAAAGUAUUGCAAGAAAAAGUGCACAAGUUAAAUAAACAAAUUGAUGAACUUCGCUUGGAUUAUUACAAAGUGUGCAAAGAUGAAGAAAUAUCAGGCAUCGAAGCUACUUUUGAAGAAAUCGAGAUGGAUAUUACCAAUGUUCAGCUACUGGUUCAGAAUUAUUGUGGACUUCUCGGUAAUGUUGAUAAUAUUGAUAGAUUGGUAGAAAAAUUUUGGUUAGUGGAAAAUAUUGGUGAAGAAAAGCCAAUGCUUAGCCAAGAAGAAUUCUGUGAACAACAUUUCAAAAACACUUACAGACGAAAUGAAGACGGCAGAUUUAUCGUAAAACUGCCUAUGAAAGACGAACAAUUAGGAUAUUCAAAGCACUUAGCCAACAUUAGACUCAAUCAAUUAGUUAAACGUCUUAGCAAAAACGCUACAUUGCAACAUUUAUAUCAAGAUUUCAUAACAGAAUAUGAAAAUUUGGACCAUAUGGAAAGGGUCGAUGAUAAUUCAAAACCGGAACUUGAAUAUUACCUUCCCCAUCAUGGAGGAGCAGUCCAACAAGAUACUUUUGAUAUUCUUGUGAGAUUUAGAAAACAUCCAGUUGCAGUUAUUGUGGAUAUACAAAAAAUGUACCGUCAAAUUUUAGUUGAUGAAUCCCAAAGAGACUUACUUCGAAUCUUAUGGAAGAGAAACCUUAGCGACUCACCUUGUGACAUAUAG